AUGAACAACUUUGAUCAUCGGCAUUCGUAUCUAGACGAUGCAGUAAACAUUUUAAAAUUACAUUUAAAUUAUUCAAAAAAAGAUAGUCUUAAACUAGUAAAAAAGAAAGGGAAUAUAGACUCAUCUAACAAUAGAGCUAAAUGUGAAUUGUUGCUAUUAUUUAACAGUGAGAAAAUAUAUCUUAAUGUAAAUGCCAUAAAAAAGGAAAAAAAAAAAAAAAAAAAAAAAAAAAAAAUGGACGUAGGUAACCCAGAAGAUGUUUACGAGUAUGAUGAUGAGUACACUGAAGAAGAUAAAGACUUCUCGGAAUAUUUAGAAAAUCCAUACUUAAUAAAAAAAGAAAUAAAAUUUUUUUUUAAAAAAGUAAAAUCAUUCAUUUUGUCGUUCAUUUCGGGUAAAGAUAAUGAAGAAGAAGAAAAAAAAAAUUCCAACGCAAAAAAAUUUAUUGAAAAGUAUGACAUAAAUGAUCGAAAAAAAGUGACUAAUAAAGAUGAAAAAAUUCUUCAUAUUAUUGAAAAUGGGACCACAAAAUGGAAAAUAAACAACAUAAUGAUGGUUAAGAAAAAGAGGAAAAAUGCUGAUAAGGACAAAAAAGAGGAGGGAGGAAAAAAAGAGUAUAACGAUAAAUCCAUAUAUAGUUUUAAUAACCUAUAUAAUAACUACUUUCGUUAUAGCUACGAAAUAUGCCCUAUAUAUGGAAAUCCUACACACAGCUCUUAUUAUUAUAAAUAUGAAAAUAAAGAAAAAACAUUUAAUGAAACACAACAAAUUAUAGGAAAAAUUAUGUUGUGUGCAUUUUUCUUUUCCACUUUUUUAGCCAUUAAAAGAAUAUGCAUAUAUAAAAACUCCUAUUCAAGUUUAAAUUUUGUGAAAAAUUUUGUAUUAAAUAAUAAAGAACUUUGCAAUAUUGUAGGUAAUAACCAAAUACAAAUAUUAAGUAUUUCUGGAGUACACGAAAAAAAUUAUAUCAAUAGCAAAACAUUUUUUCAGGCAAAGGAAAAACAAGGUGUCGUACAAAUAACCGCCACGAAAAAUAAUAUUGACACAACAUUCUUCGUACUCCAUGCUAAAGUUUUGCUGAACAGCGAAACGGUUGAGUUAAAAGGGAAGUAG